ACAACGUUACUAAAGUUUAUUUACCGUUCUUUAUCUGUCGAUAUAAUCACAAAAUGUGACAAUUAUGUAGACUUAGAUUGGGCGAUUGGAAUAAAUCGGAGAUGUCUGAAAAUCAUCGGUCUCUGGCCGGAUGACAAGUUAAGUCGUCGUCAAAAAUUUAUAACAAAUUCACGCGCCAUCGCUUUCUUUGUUACAAUGCUUUGCGUGUCGGUCAUACCUGGUAUAAUAGCGUUUGUGAGAGUCUGGGGUCAUAUGAUGGCGAUGACAGACAAUAUGCAAAUUAGUCUGCCUUUCUCAGUGACCACCCUGAAAUUUAUUAUUAUGUGGUUUCACAAAGAAGAACUGGAACCGCUCUCAAGAAUGGUCAUAGAAGAUUGGCUCAGGGAAAAAACAGCGGAAGAACGAAGUAUUAUGAUAAAGCACGCAAGAAUUGCCAGAAUAAUAAUUAUGUUCGGAUGUAUCAUGAUGGUCAUUGCGUGCUUCCUUCUCAUCAUUCCUCCCAUGUUCGGCUACACCAUGAGAUAUCUGACGAAUUUGACAGAUCCGGGAAGGCCGUUUCUGGUGCAAACGUAUUAUUUGUGUGACAUAACGGAGACUCCGUACUACGAAAUCGUGUUCGCCGCCCAAGCCAUAUCGAUUAUAAUGGCCGCGAUUUCUUACACGGGUAUCGAUACUUUCUUGAGCUUGCUUGUAUUUCACAUAUGUGCUCAAUUGGAAAUUCUAGAGGGGCGAUUUCUUAAUUUGGACACCUACAAAGACUUUAAGAUUGGAUUAGCCAUCAAUAUCGAAGAUCACCUACGUCUCAUUAGGUCUGUUGAUGUCAUCGACAACACAUUCAACUCGAUGCUUCUGACAUUAUUAGUAUUUUUCGGAAUGUUAUUUUGCUCACAAGGAUUUCUAAUAGUUUCCAUCCUUGACGGAACCACUGAUGUUUCCUUUUGGCGAAUAUGUUGGCUCGUUUCGAUUCUUAUUAAUACAGGCAGUCACAUGUGCCUGUACUGCGUGAUCGGAGAGAUUCUCAUAGCCAAAGCUGAAGGAAUAUAUAAUGCGGUUUAUAACUACACGUGGUAUUUGAGGACACCGAGAGAAGUUAGAAACCUGCUGCUGAUAAUAGUUCGCGCCGAAAACCCUCUGUACAUUACCGCGGGCCGGAUGUUUCCCAUGACACUAUCCAUGUUUUGCAGUUUGAUAAAGACAUCAGCCGGUUAUAUAUCUGUAAUGCUUGCUAAUCGGUAACUCCUUAAUAAAUUGAUCAGACGAGGACAUAGAAUGGGCUAAUAGAAGAAACUAUAUUUAAGUAAUGUGAAUAAUGUGCAAUUGCAUUCUAUAUGUAUCUUACGUUUAUCUUCGAUUUUGAGUGUAAUUGCAUACCAAUUCUGUAAUAUCUGAUAAUGUCAACAAACUGCCAUCAAAAAAUAUAACAAAAGCCGUUACUUAUAGUCGAUUUUUAUAUUUAAAGUUAUAUUUUAAGUAUACUAUCUUAAGAUAUCUUAAAUUAUAGAGCUGUAUUAGCAUCUUAAUCUCUAUCAUUGCUUAAGAUAGUCUCAAUUGAGAAAUCAUUUUAAGAUGAUUUUAAAAUAAUAUUCGACUUCGAAUAUCAAUUAAAGUUUGUUGACAUAACAUCCCAGUAAAUUGGUAACAGAAAUCAAACAGGAUUUGCACCUUCUGCAAUUCUUGAUUUUUGCCACUCGGCUAUCAGAUUCUUCGCACGCGCAGAUGUUGCACGAUUUCUGAUAUAAUAUAUUAGCAAAUUGUCAACAGAUAGCGAGUAACUGAACAUAUGUCUAGAGAUCUGUAGUCAGAUUUUUAUCAAUUUGUUACCAAUUUGUUAAUAAAUUGCUAGUAUUUUGCUUUGUAUGUAUAUUUAUUUUAUUUAGCAAUGUCGUAAGAGAAUAUAAAAAGUACUUUAUUUAUAUCU